AUGGGUCAAAAGAGAGCACGCGACCCCAAAGCCCAGGUAGCUGAGGCAAACAAACGCAAGAAGGCAGUUAAGUCUGACGCAACGUCAAGCGAGGAACAUGGCUCCAUUGCAGUUGAGGACCUCAACUGGAAAGAAGUUGCCAUGCCAGAUCGCAUGGAUGAUGCAGAGGGAUUCUUUGGACUAGAAGAAAUUGAAGGUGUCGAGAUCAUAAAACAGGGCGAUGGAGGUGUUCAGUUCAAGGCCAAGUCUGGCAAGCCAGCAAAAUCGAUCCUCAAGCCCCCGUCUGAAGAUGAUGGAGAGGAAUGGGGUGGUUUCAGUGAUGAAGAAUCGCCCAACAAGCCUUCUGCCGAGAAGACUCCCGCUAAAACCGAAGUGAAAGAAGAUAAGAAGUCGAAGAAGGACAAGAAGAAGGAGCAAAUCAAAGCCAAGAAAGAAGAGCAAAAGCCUAAAGAGCAGAAGACUAAGGAGUCCAAACUUGCGCAAGGCCAGAGCAUCAAGGCCGGGCUUGGAUUCGCGGCUCUCGAUGAUGUUGAAGAGGACGACGGUGUGGACGUGUCUGCUUGGGACGAGCUUAACCUUUCGCCUGAGAUUUACACGGCUCUUUCAAAAAUGAAGUUCACCUCCCCAUCGGCCAUUCAAAAAGCCAGUAUUCCUGCCAUUCUCGAUGGGCACGAUGUUGUUGGAAAGGCCUCCACAGGUUCCGGUAAAACUUUGGCAUUCGGUAUUCCGAUUAUCGAGCAUUACUUGGACAAGAGAGGGAAACAGGAGGAACAGUCCGACAAGUCUGAAAAAAACAAGGCCCCGAUUGCACUGAUUCUCUCUCCUACUCGAGAGCUGGCGCAUCAGCUUGGAAAGCAUAUUGGGGAGCUCAUUGCGAAUUCUCCCGACACCAACGCACGUGUCGCUCUUAUUACCGGUGGUAUGUCGAUUCAGAAGCAGCAAAGACAACUUGCUUCGGCAGAUAUUGUGGUUGGAACCCCGGGCCGAGUGUGGGAGAUUUUAAGCACAGGAACGGGGUUGAUCCGCAAGAUGCAGAAAAUCCAGUUCCUGGUUGUCGACGAAGCGGACAGACUGCUGAGUGAAGGUCAUUUCAAGGAAAUGGAAGAUAUCCUAAAUGCACUAGACAAAAAGCAAGCCGGAGAUAUUGCAGACAUGGAUCAGGAAGAAGAGGAAGAGGAGCCAUCUCAUAGGCAGACUCUUGUCUUUUCGGCCACAUUCCACAAGGAUCUUCAACAAAAGCUCGCGGGCAAGAGCCGCUGGUCAAACGGCGAUAUGUUGGACAACAAAGCGUCAAUGGAGUACCUUCUCAAGAAAUUAAACUUCCACGAAGAGAAGCCCAAGUUCGUAGAUGUGAACCCAGAGUCACAGAUGGCCGUCGGACUCAAGGAAGGAAUUGUUGAAUGCCCUGCUAUGGAAAAGGACCUUUAUCUUUACUCAGUCCUUCUCUACUAUCCCAAACACCGCACAAUUGUGUUCACGAACUCCAUCUCCGCUGUCCGCCGCAUCACUCAGCUAUUGCAAGUCCUUCAGCUUCCCGUGUUCGCACUUCACUCCAACAUGGCCCAAAAAGCCCGACUCCGUUCCAUUGAGCGUUUCUCAUCGCCUACUGCCGACCCAAGCUCAAUUCUUGUCGCCACCGACGUCGCCGCUCGUGGUUUAGAUAUUAAGGGCAUUAACUCCGUCAUCCACUACCACGUUCCCCGCACAGCAGAUGCCUACGUUCACCGAUCUGGUCGUACUGCUCGUGCCGGUGAGUCCGGAAAGAGCAUUCUCAUCUGUGCCCCUGACGAGGUUGUCGGCGUUGCCCGUCUCGCCGGCAAGAUCCACGCCAAGAAGGCGCGGAAGGCCGAUGACCCCGAGGGACCUAGCAAGAAGAUCCCCCUCGAGUCUCUUGACAUUGAUCGCCGAGUGGUUGCUCGCCUCAAACCCCGCAUGGGUCUUGCCAAGAAAAUUACCGACUCCACCAUUGCCAAAGAGAAGGUCAACACCGAGGACAACUGGCUUCGCUCUGCGGCCGAAGAUCUCGGUGUUGAAUAUGACAGUGACGAGUUCGAUCAGUCUAAGGGUAGAGGCCGUGGUCGUGGUGGUGGCCGCGAAAGACGUGAUAAGGAGGCCAGCGAAACGACCAAGAGCGAGAUGGCCGGGCUUCGUGCGGAGCUCAAACAACUCCUUUCUCAGCGAGUGAACAUCGGUGUCAGCGAGAAGUAUCUUACUGCCGGUCGCAUUGACAUCGAUGCUCUUCUUCGUGGUGAGGGCAACGACGCGUUCCUUGGCCACCUUGACCCUCUGACAUUCUAA